UCGGUAGCCAUAAUCGAUUUGUUCGCAAAAUAUCGAUAUGCGCCUGCACAUGUAUUUCCAAAAAACCAAAAUAUUGCGGCAAAAGUGUAAUGUGUUGUAUAGCGUACAAUGUGUUUAGAUGUGACUAAAUAUUUUUGCUACUGUGAAGUAAUUUAGGAUGGAGAGUAGCGUACACAUUCGGAAAGGAAAGCGUGAAAGAGAGAUCUCAAGUGAAAAAUACAGCAGAGAAUACCGGAAAAGAGAGUCUGAAGGCGAAUGUUCACGGCCUGCAGAAGGACACAAAAGAGUGAUUUCGAGAGACAAGUCUAAACUAGCGGAAGCUGAACGAUGGUCUCCAUAUGCUUGGAAAUUCUACAACCCACUGGCUGUCGGCAGCAUAGAUGGCACAGACACGGAACCACACGACCGGGGCAUUGCACGUGCCAUGGAGGCCGAGUACCAGCCUAAUGCUCGGGUAGUUGGUAAUCCCCGCGCAACUCUGUUUCUUGCCCGGUUACCACCUCACACUGAUAAGGAAGAAAUUCUAAAGAAAUUUUCAAAGUUUGGAACGAUUCGGAAUUGCCGACUUGUUAAUGACAUUGUCACAGGAGCUUUCAAGGGUUAUGCAUUUAUCGAGUUCAAGCACGAGAGAGAUGCUGUGUAUGCAUAUGGCAAAGCAAAGGGUCUUCUUAUCCAGGGGAAGGAGGUCCUUGUUGAUUAUGAGCAAGAGAGAAUUCUUCCAGGAUGGGUUCCACGACGUUUGGGUGGAGGUUUUGGUGGCAAGAAGGAAUCUGGGCAGCUGAGGUUCGGUUGUCGAGAUCGUCCAUUCCGAAAGCCCUACACAUUGUUGGAUGUCUAACAUUCGUGUUGGUUAACCUUCAGACUGCCAGGAAGAAGUCUGUGGAAGAAUUGUGUCUACAUUGAAGAGUCUACAUGAUCUCUCUUGUUCCCAUUAAUAUUUGGCAACUUGGAAAGUUUUGUUGAAUUUUGUGAAGCAGCCUUGAAGGUGAUAGUUUUGUGGUAUUUGCACAAGGAGUUGUUACGAAAUUGGUGCCAGUAUAGUGAAACAUUAUAAAAACACAUCACCCAGUUAAGUAGUCAUGUUUUGGAAAUCGUAACGCCAAGAAGAA